AGCCGGGCGGGCGGCCAGUCUGCCAGCCAAGCCCGCGGCCGCCGCCGCCGCAGCACAAGGGCAGACGCGCCGCGCGCGGGGCUCCGGCCGGGGCGCGCGCUGCCCUCGCUCCUCGCCGCGCAGGGGUCCCUGGUCCCAUCCCUUGUCCUGUUCUUCCCGGAUGGAACAAGAAGAUAAACAGGGUGUGUGUGAAGCCCAGGACUCAGAAGACGAGGGGAUGGGCUCUGAUUUUGAGAACUCUGAAGACAGGGAACGGGACCCAGAAGAAACGGGAAUGGGCUCUAAUCCACAGGAUGCACUCAAGAGGCAAGACCACCCAGAGCCAAAGAUGGGCUCCAACCCACAGGACGCAGCUCUAGGAAGGGACCCAGAGAAGAGGGAACUGGUGUCUGACAUCUGCCCAGAGGGGCUGCUGAGUGAGGAAGAAGGGGCUGCUCUCCGCGAGGAAGAUUACCCAUCUGGUGUAGCUGAGAUGGCGAUGUUCCCGGGACUGUCUGAGUCGGACAGCAUUUCCCGCAGCCCCCGGGAAGAGGAGGAGGAGGAGGAGAGCGCUGGGGAGAACCCGCUAGACGAGGAGGAGCAGCCGCCCCCUCCCAUGCUUCCCUGGCGGCGGCACCUCUCCCUGGGGAGUCGGCACCGGAGCGACAAGCCUGCCCACCGCCGCUUCCGCCGGCUCCACCAUCCCAUGGCCAUGGACCUCGGGGAGCUCGACAGCCUGAUGGCCAGCAUCAUGGACGCGCCCACCAUCUGCCCCGACUGCGGGGAGAGCUUUAGCCCCGGCGCCGCCUUCCUGCAGCACCAGCGCAUCCACCGCCUGGCCGAGGCCGCCGCCGCCGCCAGCCUGGAGCCCUUCGGCUUCGCGGGCGAGUGCGGCGCGGUAGUGGGGAUGGUGGGCGUGGGCGUGGGCGUGGGCGUGGCGGGGGGCUUUGGGGCGGGGCCCGCGCUGGCCCGGCCCCCGCGCGAGAAGCCCUUCCGCUGCGGGGAGUGCGGCAAGGGCUUCAGCCGCAACACCUACCUGACCAAUCACCUGCGCCUGCACACGGGCGAGCGGCCCAACCUGUGCGCCGACUGCGGCAAGAGCUUCAGCUGGCGCGCCGACCUGCUCAAGCACCGGCGCCUGCACACGGGCGAGAAGCCCUACCCCUGCCCCGAGUGCGGCGAGGCCUUCAGCCUCAGCUCGCACCUGCUGAGCCACCGGCGCGCGCACGCGGCGGCCAGCGGCGCGGGGGCGGCGGCGCUGCGGCCCUUCGCCUGCGGCGAGUGCGGCAAGGGCUUCGUGCGCCGCUCGCACCUGGCCAACCACCAGCGCAUCCACACGGGCGAGAAGCCGCACGGCUGCGGCGAGUGCGGCAAGCGCUUCAGCUGGCGCUCGGACCUGGUGAAGCACCAGCGCGUGCACACGGGCGAGAAGCCCUACAUGUGCUCCGAAUGCGGCGAGACCUUCAGCGUCAGCUCGCACCUCUUCACGCACAAGCGCACGCACUCGGGCGAGCGGCCCUACGUGUGCCGCGAGUGCGGCAAGGGCUUCGGGCGCAACUCGCACCUAGUGAACCACCUGCGCGUGCACACGGGCGAGAAGCCCUUCCGCUGCGGCCAGUGCGAGAAGCGAUUCAGCGACUUCUCGACGCUCACGCAGCACCAGCGCACGCACACGGGCGAGAAGCCCUACACGUGCAUCGAGUGCGGCAAGAGCUUCAUCCAGAGCUCGCACCUGAUCCGCCACCGCCGCAUCCACACCGGCAACAAGCCGCACAAGUGUGCCGGCUGCGGCAAGGGCUUCCGCUACAAAACGCACCUCGCGCAACACCAGAAGCUGCACCUGUGUUAGGGCUGGGCCGCAGGGAGGCUGCCCUGGGGAUGGGGUGGGGGGAGC